UAGUAAUUUUAUUCCCCAUCCUAAUCUAAACAUUAAUUUAUUCACAAACCUAAUGCAAGUUGCAACCAUAAUCCUAUAAACAAAAUAGCAAAAAGGUAGUCCAAAAAAGAUAGAUAGCUACGGCGAGAAGAGAUCGAACGAAGGACAUCGAAGCCAAAGAACAAAAAUGAACGGAACAACAACACUUUCAACAACACCACACCACUGUUUCCACUCCAACACCCCAACCAGUUUCCUCAACACCGUUUCCCCAAUCCAAUUCCUCUCUUUCCGCAAUCACACUCACAAUCUCAGAGUCCUCUGUUUCUCUUCGAAUCCGUCGCAGCCGCCGCCGGUGGUGGUGGUGGGCUCCGCCAACGCCGACAUCUACGUGGAGAUCGACCGUCUCCCGCGCGAGGGCGAGACCCUCGCGGCGAAGUCCGGCCAAACCCUCGCCGGCGGCAAGGGCGCCAACCAGGCCACGUGCUCCGCCAAGCUCUCCUACCCGACCUACUUCGUCGGACAGGUCGGCAACGACGCCUAUGGAAGCCUCCUCGCCGACGCGCUUCGCGGCGGUGGGGUUCGCCUCGACAACCUGGCCGUGGUGGCGUCCGCGCCCACAGGUCACGCCGUUGUGAUGCUCCAAUCCAACGGCCAGAACUCCAUCAUCAUCAUUGGGGGUUCCAACAUGAGCGGCUGGCCAAGUACACUGCCACGUCAGCAUUUGGACCUCGUGGCGCAAGCUGGCAUUGUUCUGCUGCAGAGGGAGAUCCCUGAUGCUGUCAACGUUCAAGUCGCACAGGCUGCAAGGAAUGCUGGCGUGCCAGUAGUGUUAGAUGCGGGGGGCAUGGAUGGGCCCCUUCCACCACAAUUAUUGAAUUUUGUUGAUAUUCUGAGUCCUAAUGAAACUGAACUUGCUCGCCUUACUGGAAUGCCAACAGAAAGUUUUGAAGAGAUUGCACAGGCUGCUUUGAAAUGCCAUGAAUUGGGAGUUAAGCAAGUUCUUGUGAAACUUGGGGAAAAAGGAUCUGCCCUUUUUGUUGAAGGAGAAAAACCAAUUCAGCAGCCUGCCAUACUUGCUAAAACAGUCGUUGAUACUACUGGUGCCGGUGAUACUUUUACUGCUGCUUUUGCUGUGGCCUUGGUUGAGGGCAAGUCCAAAAAGGAAUGCCUCAGAUUUGCUGCUGCUGCGGCUUGUCUUUGUGUUCAAGUGAAGGGAGCCUCUCCUAGCAUGCCUGAUAGGAAAUCUGUUUUGGAUCUUCUUAUUUGUCAAUGAGAAUACUCACAAAAGGAAAUACAAAUCAGUGAAGAUUUUGAAACGCAUCUGGAACAGGAACAGAAUAACUUAUGGCAGAGAGAAAGACCCUGGAAAAUGGCAGCAAGUAAAGCAAAAGCCCUUUUACAGAGCAUUUCUGCAAGAAGGAUUCUUCAGCAUAAUAGCUUGUUGUCAUUGUAAUAAGAUUAGGCCAAGCACUUACCCUUUGGCAAUAGAAAGAAAAUGAAGAGAAGAUAAAAUAUAAUGUUUUACAUGUUUAAGAGAAGAAGCAAAGCAAGAAAAUAAGGAACUUCCUCUUUGUUCGGUGAGAAGUGGGAAAAAAAAUUAAUAAACCGAAAAAAUAUCUAUCCUGAAAUAUGACCCUAUUCAUUUUAGGGCCUUUAUUAAAAAAAACUAUGCCUAAAGAUAAUUAAUUUUUCAAUUGCACUAUCAUCACUUUCAGUGUGAAAAACUUAUUACUUUCUCAAAA